AUGGCAGCGAGCAGACCCAUAGCCACCCUGGAGAGAAUGAUUUUCUGCCCAGGGGUUGACACGUGGCGGGCCGAGGUGCCUGGAAACUUACGUAAGCGCCAUGGCUGUUUUUCUGGAACCAAGAGCAAAGCCCUGAGCUCGGGAGAAAACCCUGCCUCGCUGACCAGCCGGGAGAAGUGGCAGGAGGCGCCAACUCCCGCCUGUUGCCCCCUGGAGCCAGAGGAAUGUCCAAAUGUAUCAGUUCUGGGCAGUUCAGCUGACAGCUUAGCGGCCACGGGCAGCAGCUGGCUCUCGCCGCCCCCGUCCCCUGCCGCAGCCCCAGCAGCUGAGCCAGGAGUCACGGAGCAGCCGGGGCCCCAGAGCCCCCCUCCCUCCCCUCCAGCCGAGCAGCCCCUGGAUGGAGGCGAUCCAGAGGUCCCUCACCCGGACCUGGCACCGGUUGCCUUCUUCUGCCUGCGACAGACCACCAGCCCCCGGAACUGGUGCAUCAAGAUGGUGUGUAACCCGUGGUUUGAAUGUGUCAGCAUGCUGGUGAUCCUGCUGAACUGCGUGACCCUUGGCAUGUACCAGCCCUGCGACGAUAUGGACUGUCUGUCAGACCGCUGCAAGAUCCUGCAGGUCUUUGAUGACUUCAUCUUUGUCUUCUUUGCCAUGGAGAUGGUGCUCAAGAUGGUGGCCCUGGGCAUUUUUGGCAAGAAGUGCUACCUCGGGGACACAUGGAACCGGCUGGAUUUCUUCAUUGUCAUGGCGGGGAUGGUCGAGUACUCCCUGGACCUUCAGAACAUCAACCUGUCUGCCAUCCGCACCGUGCGUGUUCUGAGGCCCCUCAAAGCCAUCAACCGUGUGCCCAGUAUGCGGAUCCUGGUGAACCUGCUCCUGGACACGCUGCCCAUGCUGGGGAAUGUCCUCCUGCUCUGCUUCUUUGUUUUCUUCAUCUUUGGCAUCAUUGGCGUGCAGCUCUGGGCGGGCCUGCUGCGCAACCGCUGCUUCCUGGACGAGAACUUCACCAUACAAGGGGAUGUGGCCCUGCCCCCCUACUACCAGCCAGAAGAGGAUGACGAGAUGCCCUUCAUCUGCUCCCUGUCCGGUGACAACGGCAUCAUGGGCUGUCACGAGAUCCCCCCUCUCAAGGAGCAGGGCCGCGAGUGCUGCCUGUCCAAGGAUGACGUCUAUGACUUUGGGGCGGGGCGCCAGGAUCUUAAUGCCAGCGGGCUCUGCGUCAACUGGAACCGCUACUACAACGUGUGCCGCACGGGCAGCGCCAACCCCCACAAGGGCGCCAUCAACUUUGACAAUAUCGGCUACGCCUGGAUCGUCAUCUUCCAGGUGAUCACUCUGGAAGGCUGGGUGGAGAUCAUGUACUACGUGAUGGAUGCGCACUCCUUCUACAACUUCAUCUACUUCAUCCUGCUCAUCAUAGUGGGCUCCUUCUUCAUGAUCAACCUGUGCCUCGUUGUCAUAGCGACCCAGUUCUCGGAGACCAAGCAGCGGGAGCACCGGCUGAUGCUGGAGCAGCGGCAGCGUUACCUGUCCUCCAGCACGGUGGCCAGCUACGCCGAGCCCGGCGACUGCUACGAGGAGAUCUUCCAGUACGUCUGCCACAUCCUGCGCAAGGCCAAGCGCCGGGCCCUGGGCCUCUAUCAGGCUCUGCAGAGCCGGCGCCAGGCCCCGGGCCAGGAGGCACCCGGCUCUGCCAAGCCCGGGCCCCACGCCAAGGAGCCUAGGCACUACAAGCUGUGCCCCCGACACAGCCCGCUGGACCCGACGCCGCACACGCUGGUGCAGCCCAUCUCUGCCAUGCUGGCCUCCGACCCCGCCAGCUGCCCCCGCUGCCAGCGCGAGGCCGGCCGGCGGCCUUCGGGCCCGGGCAGCAGUGACUCGGGCCAGGAGGGCUCGGGCUCCGGGGGCUCGGCUGGUGGUGAGGCCGAUGGGGAUGGGGCCCGAAGCAGUGAGGACGCGGCCUCCUCGGAGCUGGGGAAGGAGGACGAGGAGGAGCAGGCGGACGGGGCUGCCGGGCUGUGCGGAGACCUGUGGCGGGAGACGCGGGCCAAGCUGCGGGGCAUCGUGGACAGCAAGUACUUCAACCGGGGCAUCAUGAUGGCCAUCCUGGUCAACACCGUCAGCAUGGGCAUCGAGCAUCACCAGCAGCCCGAGGAGCUGACCAACAUCCUGGAGAUCUGCAAUGUCGUCUUCACCAGCAUGUUUGCCCUGGAGAUGCUGCUGAAGCUGGCUGCCUUCGGGCUCUUUGACUACCUGCACAACCCCUACAACAUCUUCGACAGCGUCAUUGUCAUCAUCAGCAUUUGGGAGAUCGUGGGGCAGGCAGACGGCGGUCUGUCGGUGCUGCGGACCUUCCGGCUGCUGCGGGUGCUGAAGCUGGUGCGCUUCAUGCCCGCGCUGCGGCGCCAGCUCGUGGUGCUCAUGAAGACCAUGGACAACGUGGCCACCUUCUGCAUGCUGCUCAUGCUCUUCAUCUUCAUCUUCAGCAUCCUUGGGAUGCACAUCUUUGGCUGCAAAUUCAGCCUCCGCACAGACACGGGAGACACGGUCCCCGACCGGAAGAACUUUGACUCCCUGCUGUGGGCCAUCGUCACCGUGUUCCAGAUCCUCACCCAGGAGGACUGGAACGUCGUCCUCUACAACGGCAUGGCCUCCACCUCCCCGUGGGCCUCCCUCUACUUCGUUGCCCUCAUGACCUUCGGCAACUACGUGCUCUUCAACCUGCUGGUGGCCAUCCUGGUGGAGGGCUUCCAGGCGGAGGGCGACGCCAAUCGCUCCUACUCUGAAGAGGACCAGAGCUCAUCCAACAUAGAGGAGUUUGACAAGCUCCACGAGGGCCUGGACAGCAGCGGAGAUCCCAAGCUCUGCCCAAUCCCCAUGACCCCCAAUGGGCACCUGGACCCAAAUCUCCCCCUGGGUGGACGUCUGGGCCCCGUUGGGUCUGCAGCAUCCGCCCCCCGCCUCUCGCUGCAGCCAGACCCCAUGCUAAUGGCCCUGGGCUCCCGCAAGAGCAGUGUCAUGUCUCUAGGGAGGAUGAGCUACGACCAGCGCUCCCUGUCCAGCUCUCGGAGCUCCUACUAUGGGCCGUGGGGCCGCAGCGGGGCCUGGGCCAGCCGCCGCUCCAGCUGGAACAGCCUCAAGCACAAGCCGCAGUCGGCAGAACACGAGUCCCUGCUCUCGCAAGAGCGCGGCGGCGGCGGCGGCGCCCGGGCCUCCGAGGGUGCCCGGGACGACGGACCGCCGCGGGCCGCGCCCCUGCACGCCCCGCACGCCCACCACGCGCAUCAUGGUCCCCACCCGGUGCACCGUCACCGCCACCACCGCCGGACGCUGUCCCUCGACACCAGAGACUCAGUGGAUCUGGCCGAGCUGGUGCCCGCCGUGGGCACCCACCCCCGGGCAGCUUGGAGGGCGGCGGGCCCGACUCCGGGCCAUGAGGACUGCAAUGGCAGGAUGCCCAGCAUCGCCAAGGAUGUCUUUACGAAGAUGGACGACCGCCGGGACCGCGGGGAGGACGAGGAGGAGAUCGACUACACUCUGUGCUUCCGCGUCCGCAAGAUGAUUGACGUGUACAAACCCGACUGGUGUGAAGUCCGAGAGGACUGGUCUGUCUACCUCUUCUCACCUGAGAACAGGUUCCGGGUCCUGUGUCAGACCAUCAUCGCCCACAAGCUCUUCGACUAUGUCGUCCUGGCCUUCAUCUUCCUCAACUGCAUCACCAUCGCCCUGGAACGGCCCCAGAUUGAGGCCGGCAGCACCGAACGCAUCUUCCUCACUGUGUCCAACUACAUCUUCACAGCCAUCUUCGUGGGCGAGAUGACGCUGAAGAUAGUCUCGCUGGGGCUGUACUUCGGGGAGCAGGCGUACUUGCGCAGCAGCUGGAAUGUGCUGGAUGGCUUCCUCGUCUUCGUGUCCAUCAUCGACAUCGUGGUGUCCCUGGCCUCCGCGGGGGGAGCCAAGAUCCUGGGAGUUCUCCGGGUCCUGCGGCUUCUGCGCACCCUACGGCCCUUGCGUGUCAUCAGCCGGGCGCCCGGCCUGAAGCUGGUGGUGGAGACACUCAUCUCCUCCCUGAAGCCCAUCGGCAACAUUGUCCUCAUCUGCUGUGCGUUUUUCAUCAUCUUCGGCAUCCUGGGGGUGCAGCUCUUCAAGGGCAAGUUCUACCACUGUCUCGGUGUAGACACCCGCAACAUCACCAACCGCUCCGACUGCGUGGCCGCCAACUACCGCUGGGUCCAUCACAAGUACAACUUCGACAAUCUGGGCCAGGCCCUGAUGUCCCUCUUCGUGCUGGCUUCCAAGGACGGCUGGGUGAACAUCAUGUACAACGGACUGGACGCUGUCGCUGUGGACCAGCAGCCCGUGCCCAACCACAACCCCUGGAUGCUGCUCUACUUCAUCUCCUUCCUGCUCAUCGUCAGCUUCUUCGUGCUCAACAUGUUUGUGGGCGUCGUGGUGGAGAAUUUCCACAAGUGCCGGCAGCACCAGGAGGCCGAGGAGGCGCGGCGGCGCGAGGAGAAGCGGCUUCGGCGCCUGGAGAAGAAGCGCCGGAAGGCCCAGCGGCUACCCUACUAUGCCACCUACUGUCCCACUCGGCUGCUCAUCCACUCCAUGUGCACCAGCCACUACCUGGACAUCUUCAUCACCUUCAUCAUCUGCCUCAAUGUGGUCACCAUGUCCCUGGAGCACUACAAUCAGCCCACGUCUCUGGAGACAGCCCUCAAGUAUUGCAACUACAUGUUCACCACUGUCUUUGUGCUGGAGGCUGUGCUGAAGCUGGUGGCUUUUGGUCUGAGGCGCUUCUUCAAGGAUAGGUGGAACCAGCUGGACCUGGCCAUCGUGCUGCUGUCAGUCAUGGGCAUCACGCUGGAGGAGAUCGAGAUCAAUGCAGCGCUGCCCAUCAACCCCACCAUCAUCCGGAUCAUGCGGGUCCUGCGCAUCGCCCGGGUGCUGAAGCUGCUGAAGAUGGCCACGGGCAUGCGGGCCCUGCUGGACACCGUGGUGCAAGCUCUGCCCCAGGUGGGCAACCUGGGCCUCCUCUUCAUGCUGCUCUUUUUCAUCUACGCCGCCCUGGGAGUGGAGCUCUUUGGGAAGCUGGUCUGCAAUGACGAGAACCCGUGCGAGGGCAUGAGCCGGCACGCCACCUUCGAGAACUUCGGCAUGGCCUUCCUCACGCUCUUCCAGGUCUCCACUGGUGACAACUGGAACGGGAUCAUGAAGGACACGCUGCGGGACUGCACCCACGACGAGCGCAGCUGCCUGAGCAGCCUGCAGUUCGUGUCGCCGCUGUACUUCGUCAGCUUCGUGCUCACGGCCCAGUUCGUGCUCAUCAACGUGGUGGUGGCCGUGCUCAUGAAGCACCUGGACGACAGCAACAAGGAGGCCCAGGAGGACGCCGAGAUGGACGCCGAGCUCGAGCUGGAGAUGGCCCACAGCCUGGGCCCCAGCCCGCGGCCACCUGCCAGCUCCCCGGGGGCGCCGGUGCCCGGCCAAGGGCCAGGAGGGGCGGGCGGUGGGGGUGACGCCGAGGGCCGCCUGUGCCGACGCUGCUACUCGCCAGCCCAGGAGAACCUGUGGCUGGACAGCGUCUCUUUAAUCAUCAAGGACUCUUUGGAGGGAGAGCUGACCAUCAUUGACAACCUGUCUGGCUCCAUCUUUCACCACUAUUCCUCGCCGGCCGGCUGCGAGAAGUGUCACCAUGACAAGCAAGAGGUGCAGCUGGCCGAGACGGAGGCCUUCUCCCUGAACUCAGACAGGUCCUCGUCCAUCCUGCUGGGCGAUGACCUGAGUCUGGAGGAUCCCACGGCCUGCCCGCUCGGCCCCAGAGACAGCAAGGGAGAGCCAGACCCACCUGAGCCCAUGCGUGUGGGGGACCUGGGCGAAUGCUUCUUCCCCGUAUCCAGCACGGCUGUCUCGUCGGGUCCAGAAAACUUCCUCUGCGAGAUGGAGGCGAUCCCGUUCAACCCUGUCCGGUCCUGGCUGAAACAUGAAAGCAGCCAAGCAGCACCCCCGAGCCCCUUCUCCUCGGAUGCCUCCAGCCCACUCCUGCCCAUGCCGGCCGAGUUCUUCCACCCCGCUGUGGCUGCCAGCCAGAAAGGGCAGGAGAGGGCCGCUGGUGCUGGGACCCUGCCGAAGAUCGCCCUGCAGGGCUCCUGGGCUUCCCUGCGGUCGCCGAGCGUCAACUGUACCCUCCUCCGGCAGGCCACCGGGAGCGACACGUCGCUGGAGGCCAGCCGCAGCAGCUCGGGGGGCAGCCUGCAGACCACGCUGGAGGACAGCCUGACCCUGAGCGACAGCCCGCGGCGCGCCCUGGGGCCCCCCGCGCCCGCCCUGGGGCCCCGCGCCGGCCCGUCGCCCGCCACCCGCCGCCGCCUGAGCCUGCGGGGCCGGGGCCUGUUCAGCCUGCGCGGGCUGCGGGCGCACCAGCGCAGCCACAGCAGCGGGGGCUCCACCAGCCCGGGCUGCACGCAGCACGACUCCAUGGACCCCUCGGACGAGGAGGGCGCGGGCGGCCGGGCCGGCGGGGGCGGCGGGGGCGCGGGCAGCGAGCACUCGGAGACCCUGAGCAGCCUGUCGCUCACCUCCCUCUUCGCGCCGCCGCCCCCGCCGCCCGGGCUCCCGCCCGCGCGCAGGUUCAGCAGCACCAGCAGCCUGGCCGCCGGCCCCGGCCGCCCGCGCACCGCCGCCCGGCCCCGCGGCCUGGCGCGCAGCCCCUCCUGGGCCGCCGAUCGCCGCAAGGACCCGCCAGGCCAGGCCGAGCCGGCCGCCGGCCGGGGCCCCUCGGCGCCCGAGCCGCAGCCGCCGCCGCGGGAGCCGCAGCCCGGGGACGCGGCGAGCCGGGGGAGGAGAUGAGGGGCCGCCGCCCGCGCGCCCGCCCGCCCCGUCUCACCUUCUUUACCUCAGGAGCCAGGGGGCAGACAGCAAUACUUCGUCCACGACCUGGGCACCGCGCCGGGCCAGCGCCAGGCCGCCGAGCGGGCGGGCGGGCGGAGCAGGGUCCCGGUCGUCGAGGCUCCUGCGGGGCCAGCGUGGUCCUGCCCGUGCAUAUACGUACAUACAUGUGCAUAUACACAGAGAGAGACAGACAUAUAUAUUUAUUUAUUUUUUCUACCGAGAGCUUAUGAUUUCCAGAAAGUGCUAAAGUUGGGGAGUGCGGGUUGGGGCCCAGACAGGGCUAUCUCCUGAUGCGUGGGAGGCAGGCGGGACCCACUCUUGGGCAGGUGGCCCUGCAGAGGCGUUCCAGCCGUGAUGUCUGGGUCUCGCCCUGGGUUGGGAGUAGCUUGGAGAGGGGCUCUCUCUGGCCAGGGAGACGGGCCCAGAAGAAGAGGUGGAAUUCAGGGUGCAUUUUUUUCUUUUAAAGAAGAAAACGCUGCUAAGAUCCAGCCCCUCCACGUGUUGGGGUGUCUGUCUUGUUCUUGACCGUCUAGUUGUUGUGACAGUCUUUUGUAGAUGCCCCAGAGCACACAAACUCUCUUAGUCAACCAGUUAGAUGUCUUUCUUUAGAAAAACCAGGGGUGAGUAGUUGUACUUUUUUAGGGCAGGGGUAGGGGCGGAGGGCGGCUCCAAGGCCAGGCAGGGGGCUCAGCCUUGGGUGAGGUCAUGGCCUCAGUGGCUUUGCCCCCAAGAGGCUGAGGGCAACAAGGGUGCGGGAGAGUCCGGAAAAGUGGAGGGCGCUUGGCUGGCCCUGAGAGGCUCGGAGGUCGAGGGGGAUGCCCGCCGGGUCUGUGCUGAAUGGGUGGCCCCGGGGGGCUCCUGGGCUCUGGCAGUCAGUGGCUGGUUACUUAAUUGCCUUCUACCCCCCAGGUGGACCCUGAGCCGCAGCCGUUCCCCCAAGUUGUUACCCACCCCCUACUGUCCCCUGAGCAACUCUGCUCCCCCGCACCCCCCUCCCCACCAUGGAGGUCAGGGUAAAGCCGAUCCGUCAGGACUCUAAGCAGGGGUGGGCGUACCUGCCUGGGCCCUGGGACCAGCCCCCGGUCCAGCACCUGCACCGGCCCAGCCUGGUACCCAGAGACCCACAUCUGCCCUCCUCCUCCCCGCUCCCUGUCCCUGGGUCUCUGUUUCAGACCCUCCCCACUCCCCCACCCCCCACCCUUUCCCAAAGCGGCAGUGCUUCUCAAAUGAGUUAACAGAUGGGUGUUUUUUCAUUUGAAUAGCCCUGCAUUUAUUUCGGUAUUUACUAGAAAAAAAACCCCUAGUAUGUUGAACACAUGCUUUCACAGACGUACCGCUUAGUUCAAGGCUGGGUUUUGAACGAUGAAUGCGCUUGGAGUCACUUUGGGCGGUGGUGGUGGAGGGGUCCGCAGACACGCCGAGGUCAUGGGAAGGGAAAGCCUGCAAGGUGACCACUGCGUUUCAGCGACAGCCAGGCCCUUUGCCCACGUGACAGCUUCUCAGUGGCUUCGGCUGGUUCCCCCCGAGGAGCCCUUGUCCUUGUUCCCAAACCCUGGCCUUAAAGACUUUGGCUGUGGGCUGGGCUGGCCAGUUGUGGGGGGAGGUUCUGCGUGACAGGCUCUGGGUGUCUUCUGGGGGGCAUAGGGACCCCUGGAGCCUGGGGCGCUGUGCAGAGGGAGGAAGUAGGGAAUCUAAGCUUCAGGGCUGGCAAAGCCUUUCCCCAAGGGCUGGGGGUGGGGGUGGGGUGGGGAAGGGUCGUCAGGCUCACUUUACGCAUGAGGAAACCAAAGUCCAGAGAGGUGAGGGGGCCACCCCAGGACCCCCCAGGGCCUGGGCCACCAUGAGACUGGGGUACUGCUGGGCACCAAUGCCUGAGUACCUGGGAUCUGAAACAGCAACCCCAUGUUUCGAAGGGGGUGGAUUCAGAAGGCAGCCUGGGCGUUCCCGCUGUGGCGCAAUGGGAUCGGUGGUGUCUUGGGAGCCCUGGGAUGCAGGUUCAAUCCUGGGUCCAGCACAGUGGGUUAAGGAUCUGGCAUUGCUGCAGCUUCGGCUUGGGUCUUGACUGCAGCUCUGACCUGUUUUCCUGGCCCGGGAGCUCCAUAUGCUGCGGGGUGGCCAGAAAUGGAGGGGAGGGGAAAGGCAGCCUGGCUGAGGGCCUCUACUGGCAGGAAGGAAUUGGGCCGGCUUGGAGGUAGACCAGGAUUUGCCUCCGAGCCUCCCUCUCCUCACCCACUAGUGCGGGUGGUGGGCAGUCCCGUCAAGGGGUCUCUGUGAGGGCACACAAGGGGAUGCCCAAACGCUGUGAUCCCUCCCAGAACAACGGCCUCCGGGGUGAGGGGUUGGCUGGGCCUGGGGUCAUGUUUCCUCCUGCCCACAGGGGGCCGUUGGCUGGUGGGGGAGGCUGGGCCUGAGCCCCAGGCUGCCUGCUGCAGAGCGCCUGGCACUGGUCUCCUUCACGGAGCUGAUUGUUUCAUCAUGAGGCCGCUCGUCUGGGGGAGAAGAGGGCACAGGCAGCCUGCCUGGCUCUUCCUGGCCCUCCCUCCCAGCCCACACUGGCAGCAUGUUCCUGGAGGGAUGUGGGUGCCAGGGCCCGGAAGACGGCUCGUGGGACCUGAGAGGACCGUGUGGAGGGAGGGUGGGGGCUCCAGGGGAUGGCACCUGACACUGGCACGCAGCUCCUGUUUCCUGUGGUCCGGAGCCAUCGGGCUUUACUCCGCACGGUGGCCCUGAGCCCUGUGCACUGCUGCUCCCUGCAGACCAUGGAAAUGACCUUCCUGGGGACACUUGGUUAUCAGUGGCUGGGCAGGGAACACAGCCUGGGUGUGUCUGACACAAAGCCAUCCUUUUACCCUGAAUCGUGUGAUCCCAGAACAAGCAGACACGUGGGAAGAGUGAUCCAGGCAUUGCCUGAGCGAUGGUUCGAGAGCGGGACAGAGCCGGGUAUGUCUGGAGGUCGGAAUAGCUGAAUGCAGAGGUUAGAAGCUUUGCCUGGGGACUCAGAGAUGGGGCUGGUUCCAGAGGGGCCCCAAAUGCUGACCCCAGGCACUCAGCCUUGUUCCUGUGAGCUCCCUGCGAUGGGGCACCAGGGAAGCUGUGAUUGGCUGGCCAGGACAAGCCACAAUGGCUAAGGGUUGGGUGAAUGGCCUCUUGCCCUUCCUGAGCCUGUGGCCUGCUCAUCACAAAAGCACAAACCUACCCCAACCCACAUGGCCUGGCCCUGGGGAAAUCGAAAGUGGGGACCCUGGUGCUGGACACCCUCAGCUAUCUGUUCGCAGGCCUCUGCAGAGGGGCAGCUGGCGGGCCCCUUAACGCCUGCACAAAGGGACCCAAGAUCAGAUGGGACAUGGCCUACCCGGGCCAAACCCUUUCCCUGGCCCUGCCCGACCUUCCCCUGCACCAGACAGCCCCCUAGAAGUGGACAAAAUGUGCCCAAUAUCAGCCUGUCUGCCUGUCUCCCCCCCAGAUCCUCCCACUGGAGCUUUCUGUUUCAGGGGCCACCUCUGGCCCCCUUUGCUGCGCUGUGUAAGGGCUCAGGGUCUUAGGAGCUGCUCUUUAGCCCAAUACACAUACUCUUUUUGUCUUUGUGCAAUAAUCAGUGUUCCUGGCAGAGCCUGGGCCGAGCUGGGGUCUGGGUGGGAGGCAGAGACCGCCUCCUCCUGGAAGCCCUCGACCUGGCCCUGCUGCCGUGACUAUCGCACUCCCAGUUGCUGUACAGUUUCUAUGGUGUGAAUGAACUUCCCUCCUAGUUGCUGAUGGCGCUGGUACCUGCUGGCCCAGAUGGCCCGGGGUAGAGAAAACCUGUGGCAGCCGCCACCAGUGUUGUUUUGAAUAAAACCCAGAAGCCUAUUUCAGAA